UUUGGAAACUCAGCACUCUUUGUUUGUAUUAGAUCCUUCUAAAAGAUUGCUCACGUUCCAAGAAAGCUGGACCAGUUCCAUUCACGAUUCAAAAGUGAAGAUUAAGCCUAAAAGAGUGGAGGAUCGAUCGCAAUCUUCUCGAAGACGCAGUUAAGAAAUUUAGUGAAGGAAUUGAUCGCAGACAUCGUUACAGUAGCGUGCAAUAUUGUGUUGACAGGUAUUUACAUAACAGUGUUCCUCCUUCUCAUCGGAAUGGGAACACUUCAGCCAUCUGGUGGCCUUUUGUCCACGGAAAAGUCAGAAAGGCACAUUUCAUAGUCCCAUCGAGAACAAGACGAAUGUCAGACAUGUGUUGAAAAAGAUGUAACCCCUAGAAGAGAACUUGAAAGGUUAGGAGGAAAGCUACUGGUGAGGUCGAUAGAGACAAAGUUUUCAGCCACCAAAUAUUUUAAAAACAGGGAAAUACAAGAGUAUAAAAGUUGAAGCUGUUUUCAUCGAGUGAUUCUGAAAUGUCACAGGGCAGUGAAGUAAAGAGACUGAACUUUUCACGCAGUCCAAACGUGUCUGUUGGAUCAGAUGUCAUUAAAGUUCAGCAAAAUGCAGGAUACGAACUCCUUUACGAGGUUCUGCCCUUUGCUAUCAUCAUCAUCAUAGUAAAUGGCACUGUUUUCUUCCUGUUUAUGAAAAGCAAGCGGCUUCGAAGUCCUAGUAACUGCCUCCUGCUGAGUUUAGCUGUGUGCGAUUUUACGAACGGCUUCGUAUGCAUACCUCUGUUCUUGGUAGUCGCACUUAGAGUCAUGCCAAACCCGCACAUUGGGAGCUUUAACUACCUGUUGAACAACUGUGUGGCCAUGUCAGCUGCCUAUCACAUUCUUGCAAUCACGCUAGAGAGAUAUUACAGUAUUAAGAAGCCUUUUGUUCAUCGUCAACUGACAAAAAAAGCGAUGCUUAAAGUCGCUCUCCUGGUAUGGGUCGUGGCUCUCAUUAUUGGAUUUAUGCCGUACGCUUGGGACUCACUGCGCAUUACAGACUUAGUCUCCUUCAUGAAGGUAAAGGUUGGCUAUGUAGCCUUCUGUUUGACCUUUGUCUUUCUGAUUCCAUGCGUCCUGAUUGUUACUUCCCAGACUAUCAUGUUUAAAUUUAUAGCAAGAAGUGGUAGACAGGGGCUGACUGCUACCAAGGCUGCUCAGCGGAAAGCAAAGAACGACAAGAAAUGCCUCAUCAUCUUCGCUCUGAUGGCGAUUAUAUACGUGGUAUGUUGGUUGCCAUGGUUCAUACUUUAUUUAUACGUUUCUUUCUGGUUUGUCAGUGGGGAAACCUUAGUCGAGUUGCAAAAGAUAUCUCGGUGGGUCGUUAUUUUCAGGUAUACAACCUCAGUUGUCAAUCCUUUGCUGUACACAUUUUUUAAAAGAGACUUCCUUGUGGCUUUUAAACUGAUCGUCCUGAAACGGAGCUCUACUUCUUCAGCGAGCUUUGCAUGCACAAGCAAUAAAGUUGAUUCACAACAGAGGAAGUUGAUUACUUCGUCGAAUGGCAAGAAACAUAGCGAGGAGAUUGAAUUGGAAACUGUUGUGUGAAUAUAUGAGACACUGAAAAUGCAAUAGCAGCAGGAUAUGGAAUGGAUAUUUAAAAACUGUUUACCAAAAUAUUUGUUCAUUUAUGUCACUAUGCCGAAAAAUGGUCGGAAAUCAGUCUCUACUCUCAGACUCUUGUUUCAUCUGCUGCUCAGAAAUAACUAGUACCAAUUAGCACGUGCGAUAAGCCCUAUUUACCUGUGUGGUAUGUACUUGAUAGGAGAUAUGCAUUGUCGGGCGUAGAUACGAAAUUUACCCGCAAGUAUUGAUAACAUCUCUCAAGAGUGAGCGAAGUGAAGAAGAUAGGUUCAUUCUUUUAUGUGGAUAUUGAUCUUUCAUGUGGAUAUUUAUUGCAUGUCCGACAAUUUUGGGGCACAUCUUAAGAGCAUCGAAUGCUGAAUGCAGAGAAUAACUACACUUUUACUCAGCUCGCAUGAAGACUACUUUAAUAUAAGGUGUCACUAACGAGCAUCUGAUACAGGACAUUUCUUUAAGUGACCCCAAAUUAAAGCGAGUCAAUGACCUUGGACUUGAGAAGAUCAAUUUAGCGAGGGCAAAUCCAUGAUUACUUUCAAGCAGCUAUAUA